ACACCUCUCGGAAACCAAUUAUGAGAUCCCUCGUAACACGAGAGACACUCAACCGGUGAUUGGAAAUAAGAGUUACGAACUCGCGCUCCAUCUUGAUGGAAGACUCGGUUUCUGCAAAAGCAGAGCCAAUAUCUCCCGUCCUGGAGUCAAUGUUACACUCAAUGCGGCUAACUACCGCUCUCAGCUAGGUGUCGUAGAAGUAAGCAGUCUCUCUAAACGAAUGAUUUGCUACCCUACUCUCGAAUCAGCCUUCGCAAGCACAUGGAUUUGUGCCCGCAAGACCGAAUGGUCUCAGACCGCCUACGCCGAAGCUGUCCGCUAUGCACAUGAUCUAGGUAUGGACUUUACAACAGUCGUCCUAGACGUUAAAGUUGGUUCCUCCUUGUGGCUAUUCGCUCCUAUGAUCUCUGAUGAUCUCUUCUCUCUCCGAUGCCCACUCCCCGAGGACAACUACACUGUUACCGGUGCCGUCGUCCAAAUGUUAUUCCAUAAGGCCGCCGCGAACAACGCCGUCUCAGAAAUCUUCAAUCUCGCUUCUAUACCAGAUGCUGACUACGGAAGCUUCAUUCCUGGACCCCGCGAAGGAUUCAACCUCUCAGCCUAUUAUGCCAUCUCCAAUGAAGGCAGCGAUGAAGUUUCGAAAUCUGCCGUUUAAAACUAGUGAUCUCUUGUUUUACUACGGACCCUCUGAUAAUAUGUGACUCUCUUUUAAUUCUUUACUAAAUCAGUUUACACAACAGACAAACUAAAACAAACAACAAAUGAAGUUUAACAUUGUGAGCCAAAAAGGAUAGCCUAAAUAACAUAUCUUUUGAGCAGAACUACGC